UGUGUGUGUGUGUGUGUGUGUGUGUGUGUCUUAAAAUUACAGAUAGUUUUAGUUUGCGCCUUACACUGCUGCUGGUUGUCUGACCCGGAGAGUCCAUUGCUAUAUCAAUGCUCGCUGUUAUUUUUGUCCGAGAGUGGAAACCAUAUAGCCCCACAGGCCUCGGGCAAGGCAAGGGAGAUGACUGUGGACUAUGGUGGCAUGCUCGCAUGUUUAGCAGCAACUAACAUUCUCUCACUCACACCGGGUCAUAUUUUUGUAAGUGUUAAUCAUAGAAAGAGUCUCAGAACAUUACCCACGAGUGUGGGGACUUCUGCUUUACAACUCAACAGCGUAUUUUGCCAGUUAGUUUAGCCUCAAAAUGACUUGUCAGAAAUGACAAGUCAUUUCUUUUGGGGUCAUUAUAGCACAUGAUAUAAACACAAAUCUGUAUUUUUGUUCCAGGAAAGCUGUUAAUGUAAAUAUGUAAAAUUUUCUCUCAAGAGCAACAGCAGACCUGCUCUUUAUUUGUUUAGAAAGCAGACAAACAUGCAGACAGACAGGGAGUUAGGUUUUCUUUGCAUGGGAUUGUAUUUCAGAGCACCAGUUCACCAUCUUGGAGGCAAUAACUAUGAAAACCACAUUGAGAGUAUGAAUGAAUUUCUAAAGGGGGAACAGAUUAUCAUCACUCAUGUGCUUAAUUUAAUUCUUUUGACAGGUUAUAUUGUGAAAUCAAUACCUUCAAAUGUUAAUAAAACCCAAAACAUCCCUUUUGUAUUGUGUAGCAUAUCAGCUUGUGAGACACAAGUCUCGUCGUUAGCGUGGGUGUGUUGGUUAGCUGUUAUCAAAGGGUGAGCUGACCUAUUUCAGUGAUACCCACUGGGCCUAUGCCACUAGCCUGGAUGCACUGUAUGCUGGAAGAGUUCCAACACGAAGGAGAAACUUGACACAUUUACUCUGAAUUUACUUGGCAGGAAAAUGCAUUAGAUCAUUGGCUUGCAGCUGCAAAUUUACGACCGAGAUUAAAGAAAAAGCCAUUUCAUUAUGUUAAUCAAGUGUGUGGGACGACCCGUGCGAAUUUUCUAAAUCUGUCAAUUGACAGCCCUCAUUAGCUCGUAUUUCCCUCUCUGUUUUUUUUUCAGGUGUACAUCAGAGUCCAGAUAAUGCUCAGACAUGGUGCCUUGUCAGACCCAUGUGUUGCUGAAGUGGCAGGAGCACUUCAAUAGCUCCUGGGCAGCAGAAGACAGUGUGCAGACAGCCAGGAGGCACGGAGCCGCUGUGCUCUACAAUAAGCUCCUUCUCAACAAGGAAGUGGUGACUCUGGCACAACCUGUGCAAGAACUCGUCGGCCCACGCCUGCCAGACUUCGAGUGCGAGUCCAGUGCCUCGGCGGAGAAGGAAGAGUACCUUUCAUCCCUGCUUCACAGCCAGCGAUGGCUGGCUCACCGGAUGCUGACGCAGACCUCCUACACCUUGGGCCUCCACCACAGGCUGGUAGUCCUCCAGAGGGUCUACUACGCACUUCACCGAAAAUACCAUGACAAAUUCCGCGUGCAGCUGCCCUCCCAGUCCACAGACGGUGGCACCGGAUGUGGGCAACUUGAGCUGGCCUCACAGCCCUGCCGGCCAGGGGGAGCAUCCAAAGUCAAGUCGGGUACGGAUGUUCUGAUCGAGAUGGGCGUGCGGACGGGUUUGAGUCUGCUCUUCUCGUUGCUGCAGCAGAACUGGAGGUACGCGGCCUCCGUGCAUCCGGAGUCGGUUCUCUGCAACGACGUGCUCGCCACGGCGUCCUCUGUGCUGACGUCUCUGCCGCCGCUCUCUCUGGCCAACGAGAAUAAGAUCCCGUCAGUUGGGCUCGACUGCCUGUCACAGGUGUCCGACUUCCUGAAGAAGACGUCUGUGAGCAGCGGGACCGGUGGGGCGGACCCGACCGGCCGGAGGCUAGCGCUGGAGCUGCUGCUCGGCCUGGCCAUGCAAAGAGGCUCUCUAAAGUUUCUGCUGGAGUGGGUGGAGGUAGCCCUGGCUGCUUCUAUGUCCUCAUCCUCCUCUACACUGUCUUCCUCCUCCUCCUCCUCCUCACUGAGCUCCCAUAACUCAGCUGGCGUGGGCUUUGAUGUCAUCCAUCAAACGCUUCUCCAAAUGAAGCAAUAUUCGGGUUUCCGAGGGGAUUCAGUCAAUUCUCAGGUGCUGAAAAAGGAUGCAGACGGACUUUGUCGACUCUCCCAGGCAGCUCUCUGCCUGUUUGAGGAGAUUUGUAACCUAGCCUCCUACUGCCUGUGCUCCUGCGGCACUAAUGCAGCUGCUCCUGGUUCAGAGAGUGACACGGUCAUGGUGUAUGUGUGGGGCAGCAACAGCAGCCAUCAGCUGGCAGAGGGGACUCUGGAGAAAAUCCUGCUGCCAAAGCUGACUCAGGGCUUUAGUGAUGCCCAAAUGAUCGAGGCAGGCCAGUACUGUACAUUUUCAGUAUCUGCAGACGGUUCAGUUAAAGCAUGUGGAAAAGGCAGCUAUGGCCGCCUGGGCCUGGGGGACUCCAACAACCAGUCCAUGCCCAAGAAACUUGUGCUGGAGCCACACAGGAACAUGAAGAAGGUGUCCUCCUCCAAGGGCUCUGAUGGUCACACUUUGGCCAUCACUGUAGAGGGAGAGGUGUUCAGCUGGGGUGAUGGAGAGUAUGGGAAACUGGGCCAUGGCAACAGUGCGACACAGAAAUACCCCAAAAUCAUACAAGGACCGCUGUUUGGCAAGGUUGUUGUUUGCGUGUCUGCUGGCUACAGACACAGUGCCGCUGUGACUAAUGAUGGAGAGCUUUAUACCUGGGGAGAAGGCGACUUUGGAAGACUCGGUCACAGUGACAGUCAGAGUCGGAACGUGCCCACGCUGGUGAAGGACAUCAGCGGUGUGGGGCAGGUGGCCUGUGGCAGCUCCCACACCGUUGCUGUGGCGCAGGAUGGACGCACUGUGUGGUCCUUUGGGGGAGGGGACAAUGGUAAACUGGGUCACGGAGACACCAAUCGUGUGUAUCGGCCCAAAGUCAUAGAGGCCCUGCAUGGAUUCAUCAUCAGGAAAGUGUGUGCUGGCAGCCAGUCAUCUCUGGCCCUUACCUCUGCAGGACAGGUGUUUGCAUGGGGCUGUGGCUCCUGUUUAGGAUGUGGCUCCUCUGAGACAACCUCUCUGAGACCCAGGUUCAUAGAAGACCUGAGUAUCACCAAGAUCAUUGAUAUCUCAUGUGGGGACAGCCACUGUCUGGCUCUGACGCAUGAGAAUGAGGUGUAUGCCUGGGGGAACAACACGAUGGGCCAAUGUGGACAAGGCCACACUUCGACACCAAUUACCAAACCCAAGAAAGUGCUCGGUCUAGAGGGGGUGUCGAUCCAGCAAAUCACUGCUGGCACUUCUCACAGCCUGGCUUGGACCGCAGAUCCAACUGACAGGCAACUGGUGGCGUGGCACAGGCCCUUUUGUGUAGACUUGGAAGAGAGUACGUUCACCUACCUACGCAACUUCCUAGAGAGUUACUGUGACGGCAUCGGGAAUGACACGCCCCCUGCCCCCUUCAUAUCUAAAAGGGACCACCAUCAGUUUCUUUUGCUGUGCAUGAAGCUGCUGUCCAUCCACUUAUCCUUGGCCCAUGCUGGCGGCACUGGGGCCAUGGUUUUGGGGGCUCAGGGCAGGCCCCUCAGAAACCUGCUCUUCCGGCUCAUAGAUACCAAUAUGCCAGACUCCAUACAACAGGCAGUUCUGAACACGCUGUCCAUUGGUGCAUCCCUGCUGCUUCCUCCACUGAGGGAAAGAACAGAGCUGCUCCUGUCCCUCCUUCCUCAGGGCCCUCAGAGCUUAAAUGUCCCCUCCAAAGGACAGGUAUGCCAUUUUUGCCUAUUUGUGCCUCAACAAAUCACCAUUCAGGGGGGGGUUUUGUUAACGAAGAUGUUUAUGUAAAUACAUAACACGCAUAAACAACUAGAAAAUUCCGAAAGAAAUUUUGA